CUGCUGAGGGAGAUUUGUGCUUUGUCACCACAACACAUAUCGCGACUGGCCAUAUCAUUAAUACCACACUGCCCCACACACUGGCAGCUCUCUGUGGCACUGAGCCCUCCGGUGUGUGGCGGUGACAGUGCACAGAGGACGCGUUGCGCUAAUUGGCCGGGUGUUUUGUCCCUGCCGGCUCUCGGUCGGGGAGAUGGGAGAGAGCAUGUCUAAACGGCUGAAGCUGCAGUUCGGCGGGGAGGCGGAGAUGGAGGAGCGCUCCUUUAAUAACUUCUACCCGGAUUACCGGCCUGCCCCUGAAACGGUAGAGCAGGCGGAGGGAGAGGGAGAAGAAGAAGAAGAAGAAGAAGCCGGCGCCGCCGCUGAACACGGGGCACUGGACCUGCCCUUUGACAGAGAUGGAAAGAUUACAGGAAGCUUUUCAAGACGCAUCCAGGCGAAAAUUAGUGACCUGCUACAACAAAUGGAGGAAGGUCUAAAGACUGCUGACCCACAUGACUGCUCUACAUAUACUGGGUAUACAGGCACAGCCCUCCUCUACCUGCAGCUUCAUCGCAUCACUAAAGACCAGGCUCACUUACAGCGCUCUCUCGAUUAUGUGAAAAGAAUUCUGCGCAACCUGAACGGCCGAAGAGUCACAUUCCUGUGCGGUGAUGCCGGGCCUCUUGCUGUAGGUGCUGUAGCCCAUCACAAGCAGCAAAAUGAAACAGAAUCCAAGGAUUGUAUUGCAAAGUUACUGGCCUUGCAUCGAGGGGUGGUCAGCACGGACUCUGAGCUCCCGGAUGAACUGCUGUAUGGAAGGGCUGGAUAUCUCUAUGCGUUGCUGUAUCUAAAUGCUGAGAUCGGUCCAGACACGGUGCCUCAAGCCACCAUCAAAGAGCUUGUGGAUGCCAUCAUUGAGUCUGGGAAGAAUUUGUCCAAAGAAGAGCACAAGACAGAACGCUGUCCUCUGCUGUAUCAAUGGCACAAGAAGCAGUACGUGGGAGCGGCCCAUGGAUUGGCUGGCAUUUACUAUAUGCUGAUGCAGCCUUUAGCAAAAGUAGACCAAGAAACCUUGACUGAGCUGGUGAAACCAAGUAUUGACUACGUACGUCACAAGAAGUUCAGGUCUGGGAAUUAUCCGUCGUCUUUGAGCAAUGAAACAGAUCGGUUGGUACACUGGUGCCAUGGAGCACCAGGAGUCAUACACAUGCUUCUUCAGGCCCACAAGCUAUUCAAAGAAGAUAAGUACUUGAAAGAUGCCGUGGAGUGUGGUGAUGUUAUUUGGCAUAGAGGUCUUCUAAGAAAAGGAUAUAGCAUCUGUCAUGGAACUUCAGGAAACGGAUAUGCCUUCUUAUCUCUCUAUCAUCACACUCAAGAUAAAAAGUAUCUCUACAGAGCCUGCAAGUUUGCAGAAUGGUGUUUAGAUUAUGGUGCACAUGGAUGCCGGAUCCCUGACAGACCCUAUUCUCUCUUUGAAGGAAUGGCUGGCACGGUUCAUUUCUUGUCAGACGUGAUGACACCAGAGACUUCACGCUUUCCUGCAUUUGAACUUUGAUUGGCUGGCAAGAGACUAUGACGAGGAAUAUCUUUUGGCAGUCUGAGAAGAUAAAGAGCUCACACAUGUUACGUUUGGUACCUCCACCUCAUCUUGCCAAACUAGACUUGUCACCUCUUUUUACAGAAGAGAAGUCAAAAUGUUCUGUGAAGACACCACUGGGCUAUCCUGAAAUACGACAUUCAUCCUGUGCUAUGUUUGUAUGUUUGGUCGAACAUGAAGAUGCUUUGUUCUAUCUUUUAUGUUAUCAACUUUUGAUGAAAGGUCAUUUGUUGACCCUUUGAAAGAUAAUCUAGUUUCAUUUGUGGUGUAUAUUAUAAUCCUGAAUUAACAUCAAAGUAAGCAGUAAAUUUGGCUCUUGGAGUACUUGCAGAAUAGUCCAUAGACAAUAGAAAUAACCUCCUGCUAUGUGCAUUUCCAGUAGGAUUAACUUGGACCAGGCAAGUAAUACAUUUUGAAGGGUAACAUCUCUGUAUGACCCACCACUUAUUACGUUAUGUAACAAUCAUUGGUAAAAACUUUUUCAGAGCGAUUUCAUAUGCAUCUGCCAUAAAAGUGGACUGAUACUAUUUAAAAAAAAAAGUGGCUUUGAUGCCAACUGGUAUACAGCUGGAUACAGUUUUGGCAGUGCGCCAGUGUCUUCCUCAGCCCAUGUUAGGUUUUUGGCCUGGGGAAGGUACUUGUCCAGUCCCCAAGCACAUACCUUCUAUGUUCUAUGCUUUUAUAUGGUUUUCCUCCCAAUAAACCAGUUGUCUUCACAGCCAGGUUUUUCAAACUGGUUUCCAUCAACUUGUAUGUAAGAUAUGGUGGUGCUCUGAAAGGGAAGCUGUUUCCACUGAUGGUUGCACUUCACUGACACACUGUCCCUACAAAGGAGUGUCGAUGUUGCCUACUUCUGGAACUGGCACAACCUUUAAUCGUUCAGAGUCCAGCUGACUUGAUGUGCCUACUAUAGAGCACAACCCAACCAGGUGAGCUGCAUUCCUAUAUGACCUCAGCAUUAUUACAAUAUGACCUUAUCUUCUUUUUCCAUUCUCGCUUUUUUUCCGCCAUUGAUUCUGCACUUCCUGUUAAGACGGGUAAUUUCUAUCCCGGUUUUGUCAGCACAGUUUUACUUUUCUUCUUUUUACUGCCUAUGUAUCUAUUGCUGUAUGAUACAAUACAGUAUGGUUUACAUUAUGAACACAUUUCAGAACUAUACAUGUGCUUGUACACUAGGCAAGUAGUUGACAUUUUCCCAGAACAGUGUACAGUAUAGACAGAGCAGACAAAAUCUCCUGUGUGUUGAAUGGGUCAUUUUGGAUGAGAAGAUGAUAUGGUAUAAAAACUGCAUGUUCGGUAAAUGUGUAUGUAAGGACCAUCUGCAUGCAUUAUGGGUGGGAUGUAGAAUGCACCUUCAUUCCAUGGCAGAUCAGAAUAAUAUAUACGUGUCUUAUGCGUUCAUGGUGGCACAAGUUAGUAUCCAGGGGGCUUGCAGGGUGAUAACUGCCCAAAGUGUUGGAAGAGACUUGCUGUCCAGAAAAUUACACAACCAUAGACUGCACCAUUUAUCCCAAGCCUUGAAAAACUGUGUUCCAUCUAUCAUUAAGCAGUCAGCACCUUCAAUCAUUUCCACAGAAAAUCCAGUGAUCUCUGACAUGCACAAAUGACCUAAAAUUUCAUUUGAAAACCCCCUUGAAAUCUGAGCUGCAAGUAUUUCUUUUCAUGAUCUGUGUGUAGAGUAGCUGGUCUGCAGAAAGAUGCGUUCUGCUCCACUUUUAUUCCGAUUACUUAAGGCGUUCCAGAACAUUGAGAUGUGAAGCACGACAUGGAUAUUCAGUGGGUUUCUCCAGCCUAACUGCUCACCGUCGUGCCAAAAAUUACUCAGAGGAUGUCACUGCAUGCACCAUUUGUACUGAGCUUGUAUAGAAAGGGGGCUUUGUCUUUAUGUGUUUACUGGUGGUUAUACCAUAUGCGGCUCCUCAGGCCUGUGUAGGCCUGGUACGUGAGGAUUCAGCAUAGUUUGAUUGGGAGUAUUUGUGCUGCUUAGAAUUUUCAUAAUUGUCCUUGCAUUACAUAUGACAUGACAGAUCAAAUGUGUCAUGGCUACGUGCACAAAUGUUGUGGGGGCAAUUUUCAUGUAGAUACUUGGUUAGCCAUCACUUGGUACUUUGAAUGAAAGAGCACACCCUUUGACUAUGAUUAGAGAUCUUAACUUUGUAACGUCUAAUCAUGAAAUCUAUUGAUUUCUGCAAUGUAAGUCAUUACCAAACUUCAUGGCUUUAACUAGUUGGGAUUGGCUGUUGUCUGUUUUUGGGAUAUGUGUGCAUCUGUGGUGCUUGGUAUGUACCUAAAAUGUUAAAUGUUAAUUACCUGCAAUACUGUCUUUUACAUGUUCACGUGUUCUGUGUUUUUACGUAUGUGACCCUUAAUGCUGCCGUCAGAAUGAAUAAAAAGCUGAUGG